UAUUUAAGACUUUUUCCUAGGUUUGACCCUCACUUUUCAAAAGUAAAAAGUGUUCUUCAACUUAAAAACAACAACAAAGCUUUACAACAAAAAUGGCUCGUACAAAACAAACAGCUCGUAAAUCUACUGGAGGAAAGGCGCCGCGUAAGCAGCUUGCCACCAAAGCUGCGCGCAAAUCUGCACCGGCAACUGGAGGAACCGUAGCUUUGCGUGAAAUUCGUCGUUAUCAAAAAUCGACUGAAUUACUUAUCCGCAAGCUUCCAUUCCAACGGCUGGUUAGAGAGAUUGCGCAAGACUUCAAGACCGAUCUUCGCUUUCAAUCUAGCGCUGUUCUUGCUUUGCAAGAGGCUUCUGAGGCAUAUCUUGUUGGUCUUUUCGAAGAUACCAACUUGUGUGCAAUCCACGCCAAACGUGUGACCAUCAUGCCAAAGGACAUCCAACUUGCCCGACGAAUCCGUGGCGAGCGUACGUAGAUGAAUGCAGUGUGAACACAAACAACCAAAC